ACCAGACCUGGCUAAUCUAGCGCCGAGUCGGAGCUGGGGGCGCGGGGAGGAGGGUCUGCGCGGGGCUCCGGGGGGCGCGGGCAGGUGCUAUGGGGCUGGGCGCCAGCGCCGAGCUGCCCGCGGGCGGCGACGAGGGCUUCCACCUGCACGGGGUGCAGGAGAACUCCCCUGCCCAGCAGGCCGGCCUGGAGCCUUACUUUGACUUCAUCAUCACCAUUGGGCACUCGAGGCUGAACAAGGAGAAUGACACCCUGAAGGCUCUGCUGAAGGCCAACGUGGAGAAGCCUGUGAAGCUGGAGGUGUUCAACAUGAAGACCAUGCGGGUGCGCGAGGUGGAGGUGGUGCCCAGCAAUAUGUGGGGUGGCCAGGGCCUGCUGGGCGCCAGUGUCCGCUUCUGCAGCUUCCGAGGGGCCAGCGAGCAUGUGUGGCACGUGCUGGACGUGGAGCCCUCUUCACCUGCCUCCCUCGCGGGCCUGCGCCCCUACACGGACUACGUGGUGGGCUCGGACCAGAUCCUGCAGGAGUCCGAGGACUUCUUUACGCUCAUCGAGACCCACGAGGGCAAGCCGCUGAAGCUGCUGGUCUACAACUCCGAGUCCGACUCGUGCCGGGAGGUGACCGUGACUCCCAAUGCAGCCUGGGGAGGAGAGGGCAGUUUGGGCUGUGGCAUCGGCUAUGGGUAUCUGCACCGGAUCCCAACGCAGCCUCCCAGCUACCACAGGAAGCCGCCUGGGGCCCGGCCGCCUGCUCCCUCACCACCGAGUGGCCCACCACCAGGACCCACCCCUCAGGGUGUUCCUGACCCUCUGAGCCCAGAGUCGGGCUCACGGCAGGAUGACUACACAGAGGCUCUGCUGCAGGUCCCUGGCUCCUACCCGGAGGAGCCACUUGCUGAGGCCUGGAGUCCCGUCCACGGCGCUCCAGACCCGGACCCUGCGGCGCCAGCACGUUCUGGGGAGAUUCCUCUUCAGCCUCCGCCUCCACUGCAGCGAGUGAUGGAUCCAGGCUUCCUGGAUGUGUCGGGCAUCGCCCUCCUGGACAAUAGCGAAGCCGGGGUCUGGUCUGGCCCGCCGCCCUCUGCGUCGCUCACCUCCACCUCGGGCCCUGAGGAGGUGGGCUCCAGCAGCUCUCACGAGCGAGGAGGUGAGGCCACAUGGUCGGGGUCGGAGUUUGAGGUCUCCUUCCUGGACAGCCCCGGGGCCCAGGCCCCGCCAGACCACCUGCCUCAGCUGACGCUUCCCGACAGCCUCACCUCGGCGGCGUCCCCAGAGGACGGGCUGUCUGCCGAGCUGCUCGAGGCGCAGGCAGAGGAGGAACCGGCCAGCACAGAGAACGCUGAUGCAGAGGUGGCCAGCCAAGCCCGGCUCUCUAGCCCCGAGUAACACACUGGGCUGGGGCACAGCCCCGGACGUUCCCCGUGGCCCCGCGAUUCCACUCAGACUUCUGCGCCUUUAUGCUGCCUGAUUCUGGUUGGGGGAGCUGGGCUCUAGCCAGUCCGUGCGGGAUGAGAGGAGAUGAAGCAUGCUUGGGAGGAGUAGGAGUGGGAGAGGAGAGGCUCUCUGGAAGGACACCUUUGGAAGCAGCUGCUGGGAUGGUGCGGGGGUCUCAGCGGGAAGGGAGGAAGGGGUGGUGUGGAGGGUCUCCCUGGCCACACUGCCACAGUGCAGGGGGGGUCUCUCUCUUGCUGCCCUCCCCUGCAAACAUGCAUCCUAUGCCCCUCUCUUUCUUUCCCCCCACCGCGGGCAGGAGAGCUCACCAGCUCCACCGUGGUGGCUUGCGUCUCUCCAGGGGGCAGGGGGGUCUCGAAGUGCUAGGCCCUUUAUGCUCCGCCACUUUCUCUCCCAGGCUUACACCCCACAGCCCCCACAGCGACUGCUCUCGGCUCCUACGCUUACACAGCUCGGUCUCUGAAUACCCGAGGCAGCCAGCCAGCCUUAGUGGUGAAUGGAAGUUGCCGUUUUUAGUUUACUUCCCUAAGUGGACUCCCCAAAGCAGACCGCCCAGCCGAGGGCUGCACAAGCAGGCCUACCCGGCUGGGCCAGGGUGGGAAGGAGCCCUCUGCUCGCCCACGGUCUGGGGGGGUCUGCUGCUCUUACCCUCAGUGCCUUUGGCAGGAAGGGGAGGCUUUGCCCUGGGUGGGGCCCCUCACCCAGAGCACCCUCCACAGCAGAGCCCUCACGUUCCCUCUUCCCUCGCUCACUACACUCAACGCUUGUUGCAAAGACCCACCUCUGCAUCCUGACGUGUGAUGUUUGCACUUACAAGGAAUUCUGAACCCACAGAACCAUAGCCUAUCACAUGACAGCAGGCCCCCAAGGUCGAGGGCACCUCCUACCUCUAGCCCCACAAGUUACCAAAAGCUCCCGUGCAGCUACGAGCAGUGCUGAACUUGUCCUGCAGGGGGCAGUGUCACUGCCCACGGCAGAAUUGUCCUGCCCCCUCCCCCCCCCUCCGCUGUGCUCACAGGUGCCAUCUAGCACCUCACCCAGAUUUGCUACCACCCACGGUGCCCAGCUCUCCCCCCUCUCUCCCUAACCCCCUGCCCCUCCACCCCAAUGGGGCAGAAAAUAGAUAUUAAUGUCAUUUCCAGGGUGAACAUGAAGCCAGAAGUUUCUCUUUGCCUCUGUAACCGUGAAGGAAUGUGAUGAGUGGGGAAAAAAAAUAAACGUGUGCUACACUUUG